AUGUCUCAUGCUCAGCUUGACGAGCAGGAGCUGCUCCAGAAAUACCAGAAAGAGCGCGAAAAACGCAUUGCGGAUGCAGCUAUCGUCGACUACAUUGAUACCCGAUCAAAAGAAAUUCAAGAUCUUGCCAAGGACCCAUGGGUAGAUUGGAACGACCCAAAGAUCCAGAGUCCUCCCCUCAAGGAUGGAGAUAGCGUAAAGUUUCUAGUCAACGGGGCUGGGCACUGUGGCCUCCUCUACGCUUGCCGUUUGGUCGAGGCUGGAUUCAGCGCAAAGGAUAUCGUAUGCGUUGAUAUAGCGGGUGGAUUUGGCGGUACUUGGUACUGGAAUCGAUAUCCUGGGCUCAUGUGUGAUGUCGAAAGUUACAUCUAUCUUCCGCUUCUAGAGGAGACUGGAUAUAUGCCCAAACACAAAUACUCAUUUGGCGCCGAGAUUCGCGGUCAGAAUGAGCGAGCUGCUAAGCACUUUGGCAUCCAGGGCCAGUUUUGCACCAGGAUCGAGUCGCAGAUUUGGGAAGACGACAAAAAGGUUUGGGUCGUACAGUUGACCCGUACCGUGGAUGCAAAUGCGAAGACUGAAUCAUUGACUGUUUUUGCGGAUUUUGUCAUUGUGGGCGGUGGCGUCCUGAACAUUCCGAAAAUCCCAAAGCUCCCAGGCUGGGAAGAAUUCAGAAACAAGAAACGUGUAUUUCACUCAGCUCGCUGGGACUAUGCUUAUACGGGUGGUCACCAGGCGAAGCCAGACUUGGUAAACCUUAAAGACAAGACAGUUGCAAUAGUUGGUACAGGGGCAACUUCGGUUCAGAUUAUACCUGAAUUGGCCAAGUGGGCCAAACACUUAUACGUUGUACAGAGAACGCCGUCAUACUGCGGGUAUCGCGGUAACCACUUGACUGAUGAAAAGCAUUUCAAAGACUUGUCGAAGGAGAAAGGAUGGCAGAGAGCCCGGCAACUCAAUUACAAUGCAUGGGUCACUAACAACCCUGGAGGUUAUGGACCUAAUCUUGUGAACGAUGGAUGGACCCAUACUCCAGCUGGAGAAGGCAUCUUGGGCUCAAACAGAAGAACAGUUGGGCCAUACGAGACGGAAGAAUAUAUACGAGAACUUCAUCGGAUUGACCGGCCACGUACUGAAGCCUUGCGCAAGCGUAUCGACGACGUGGUCAAGGAUAAAGAUACUGCCGAGAAGCUGAAGCCAUGGUACGGCAGCUGGUGCAAGCGCCCUACCUUUCAUGACGAUUACCUGGAAGCAUUCAACCAACCCAAUGUCACCUUGAUCGACACUGACGGGAAGGGUUUGCAGGGAUUCUCCGAGAAUGGCAUAUUGUUCGACGGCCAGGAGUACGAAAUUGACGCUCUAAUACUCGCAACGGGAUUUACUCAAGUUACGAAUGGAGAUGUUUCUCAGAAGAUCGAUGCAGUUAUUCAAGGAUGCAAUGGGCAAACCAUGUCCUGUAAAGUUGAGACUGUGGGUAACCCGCCACUGUUUGGCAUUGCUCUUUCAGGCUUUCCAAAUCUUUUCUCCUAUUUUUCCCUCGGGGGCGGGGCUUCGUGGAACAUGACAUCUGUGUACGAUAUGAUGGCGAGAUAUCUAGCGUCUACACUCAAAAAGGCGCACAUGCAGGUGGAAGACGGGAAAAGGGUAAUCGUUGAGGCCACUCCAGAGGCUGAAGACAAAUGGGGUGACGAGGUCGCAAAGAGGGCUGCUUUGUACAGUGCAUUGGGUGCUUGCACGCCCACCUACUUUACUGGGGGCUUUGAAGCUCUCAAAGCUCAGAAAACACAGAGCAAGGAGGACUUGGUGAGAAAGGCGAGGACGGCGGGCUGGGGCGCGGGCCCAGUUGCUUACCAGGAGAAAUUAGAAAGUCUUGCAGCUAAGUCAGAGAUUGAAGGCUUUAAGGUUAGUGUUACUGCUUAGAUUAAUACUUGAAGAUAUAUACAUACCUGUAUAGGCGUAAUAUUCAACAUUAG